GUGGGCUGUUGGGGGCCCCUCGGUUGGUUGCAGGGGCCUUCGGGUGACAGUGGUGUGACCAUUCCCCAGUCUUUCCUCCUGGGGCCCCUCAUUGAGUCUGCAGGUGCCUUGAUGGAGCCCCAGCCCUGCUCUCAAAGCCUGGCUGAGGGCUUCUUGGAGGAGGAGGUUCGACUCAAUGCUGAGCUGAGUCAGCUGCAGUUCUCGGAGCCUGUGGGCAGCAUCUACAAUCCUGUGGAGUAUGCAUGGGAGCCCCAUCGCAACUAUGUGACCCGCUACUGCCAGGGCCCCAAGGAAGUGCUCUUCCUGGGAAUGAACCCAGGACCCUUUGGCAUGGCCCAGACUGGGGUGCCCUUUGGGGAGGUGAGUGUGGUCCGGGACUGGUUGGGCAUUGGGGGGCCUGUGCUGCCUCCUCCCCAAGAGCACCCUAAGCGACCUGUGCUGGGACUGGAGUGCCCACAGUCAGAGGUGAGCGGUGCCCGAUUCUGGGGCUUUUUCCGGAACCUCUGUGGGCAGCCUGAGGUUUUCUUCCGUCACUGCUUUGUCCACAACCUGUGUCCUCUGCUCUUCCUGGCUCCCAGUGGACGCAACCUCACCCCUGCCGAACUGCCUACCAAACAGCGAGAACAGCUUCUUGGGAUCUGUGACGCAGCCCUCUGCCGGCAGGUGCAGCUGCUGGGGGUGCGGCUAGUGGUGGGAGUGGGGCGGCUGGCAGAGCAACGUGCACGGCGGGCUCUGGCGGGCCUGAUGCCAGAGGUCCAGGUGGAGGGGCUCCUGCACCCCUCACCCCGUAACCCACAGGCCAACAGGGGCUGGGAGGCAGUGGCCAAGGAGAGGCUGAAUGAGUUGGGGCUGCUGCCGCUGCUGCUGACGAAAUAAGUGCCCUGAGGCCUUGGCAUAGGACACAUUCAAGGCCCCCAAGUCAUUCUCAGCAAGCAGAUGACUGCACACCUGGCCUGGAGCAACAAGAUCUUCCAGGCUGCCUGAUUGCUGGGAAACGUGUUCGUUGAUCUGUUGAACUAUCUUCUGACCUCCCUUGGCAGUUUUACACUACUACUGCUCCCCCUCCUGAUUGUUGCUUUCUUCACCUUCCUUUGAUCCUUGUCCCUUUUGUCUUACAAUACUUAACUCCACAGAGAAUCAGCGGAAGGUGGGCUUUGCUGCACCUGCAAACUGCUCUACCUCACUGUUUCCUUGGGAGCCUCUAUUCAGCUGAGAGUGACUUCUUAAGGUCAUAUUUGCUGUUUAGAGAAAAGAUCCUGCCAGGAUCCCCACCCAUCCUCAUACUUCAGCUGCCUUCAGCUGACCCCUUUCCUCACUGGGACCAGGACAAACAUGGAUAUUACGAGUGAAUUUCUUAUAGGAGACUGAGGCUGGAUCAGAGGGAGAAGUCCAUGUGGCAAAGUGGAAAAGGCACUGGACUUAGAGUCAGAAGGCCUGGAUUUUCAUCCCACCUCUGAGACUUGGACACUCUAAGGCAUUAGAUAAGUUGAUUAACUCUCUGAGGGUCAGGAUCCUCAUCUGUGAAAUGGAGAUCCCUACCUCAUGGGAUUGGUGUGUGGAUUCACAGAGAUAACACUUGAAAGUGCCUUGCAUCAUGCCUGGCACACGGGUGCUCAUUACAUACUCUCCUUCCUUUCUUGCCUCUGGGUGGGGGAGGUAUUGCACUGCACUACAAGAGAAACCCCUCCAUUCCUGAAGACCGCUGUGGGGGAGUCGGGGCCUCUACCUAUGGCCGGGUAAGGGGCCAAUUCUUGCGCUGCCAGGGACGGACCAUUGACUUCAUGAAAAACCCAGUCUGAUUUUUCAGUCUAGGCAUUAAAAGCUCCUAAACCUUUUUAUCUUGGUACUUCUUUUUCCUCCUGCAUGUCUGGGAUAGGAGGUGAUUGUUUAGAUUUUCCCUUCUCUUACCUCUUCGCUAUUUGCAAAGAAUUCUCUUGGGCACGGGGUGUGUGUAAACAGACCUUUACCUUACCAAAGCUACAGGGUCUCUGUUAGGGGCCUGUCCAGUAGUUUGUCUGAAACUCAGGGCACUGUGAGGAGCAGGUGAUGGGUGGGUGGGUGCCUGCUAUCUCCAGCUAACUCACUUCUCACGUCUGCCCAAUGGCAGGUUGGGAUGCCCCUUUGGUAAGGACUGAAAAGUGAAUCAAGUUGGAAGUAGAACAGGUUUGGAGACCACCCCAAUGAAGAACCCAUGAUCUAUCUCCUGGGACAGUCAUCUCCAACUUUCAAAAUAAGAGUUUUUGGUAACAAUUUCCUCUGUACACCCUCUCCCACUCCCCCACCCUUUAAACUCCUUUUCUUCUCUUUCUGCUUUUAGUGCUGUAGUGCUAAGAGCGAGUACCUCAUGUUUGCAGAUCACUGGAUUAAGCACUGUGGGGUAAUUGCAAAGAGAAGCCAUUGUUGUUUCCCUAUAUAUCUAGCUGAGGUGAUCAGGGAACGCUCUCUGGAAGAGGUAGCAUUUCAGAUGGCCUUCAAAAACAAUUUUGGAGAGCUUAGAAAAGAGCAUCAGUAUGUUCAAGGGAUGUCAAAUAGAUUAAUGCUGACCCAGUUGGGAGAGAAAGCUUGAGAGGUAAGUUGGUCCAGCUUGUGAAAAGUCCUAAAUGAUAAGGGUAGUCUUUGAGAAUUUACACUCCAGUGGGGCAAGUGAGAUGCAUAGAACACGUGUAAAAUACCCAACAAUAGGUAGAAACCCACAGAUGGGGAUGAAGGGGCUAGCCAUAUAGGAGGCAUUGUAGGUGGAAUAGGGUCAGGAGUGGGAAGGGAGUCCCAGGGGGAUAGCAGAAACUGGGUGAAAGCCUAGAGUUGGUGAAAGUUCUCCAGGGUUGGGGGUGGAGGCUUGUCUGGCAGGUUAGCUACCUGAUAGGAUUUAAUCCCACUCCACAGGCUUGUAUCGCCCAACUCAUCCCAGAGCAGCUUCUUCAGUACAAAUGAGAGUGUCCUCAGGGAAAGGAAGCUCGUAUUUUCUCCUAAGCCAAAGGGAAUGAACAAUUUAGUUACUACAAAACAAUAUUGUCUGAAGUAUUCUAAAGUCAAAUUUAAAUGAUUUGCGAACAUCUAGAAUUUUGCAGUCCAGUAUGGUAGCCCCUAGCCACGUGUAGCUGUUUAAACCUAAAGUAAAAUAAUUUCUCAGUCACUAGCCAUAUUUCAAGUACACAAUAGCCACAUAUGGAUAAUGCAGAUAUGGUACAUUUCCAUCAUUGCAGGAAAUUAUAUUGGACAGCGCUGAUCUAGAGAUCAGUGGCUUAAAACCCUGCCUGUGAAUCAGAAUUAAUCUGUGGGGAUUUAAAAUAUAAGGGUCCAGCUCCACUCCAGGAGAUUCUGAUUUAGGAGGUCUGAAGUGCAACCUGGGUGUCUGUAUUUUUAACAGUAUCUCUUUUUGCUACCAAUAUGCAGUCAGUGCACCGUCGGGUGUCUUGAAGGCAAGGAGAGGAUCGCUUUUUUUCUUACUUUCCCCAGUAUGUAACCCCCUGCCUGGCACAAAGUAGGUGUUCAGUACAAAUGUGUAAGUAAUGUAUGAAUCUACUGGUUUUGGAGAUAACUCCAUGUUGUCUGUUAUGAAUUGACUUGUAUCCCCCCACCCCAAAUAUAUGUUGAAGCCCUAAUGAGUGUACCUGUGAUCCUGUUUGAAAAUAAAGUUUUCCUUUUUUCUGUUAAGGAGUUCAUACCAGAGUAGGGCGGGUCCUAAACCUAAUCCCUUCUGAGUAGUGUUUUAUAAAGGGGAGUACAGACACACAGAGACACAUACACAGGGGGGAAGGACAGAUGCAUCUACUAGCCCAGGAAAGCCAAGGAUUGCCCACAGCUACUGCAACCUGAAAGAGACAAAGGAGCACCUUUCUCUAGAGCUGAUAUCCCCUGAUUUGGACUUCUAGCCUCUAAACUGUGAGACAAAAUUUCUGUUCUUUAAAGCCAUCCAUUUGUGAUGUUUUAUUAUGGCAGCCCUAGAAAAUUAAGAGUGUCUGUCUAGUAAUAUGAGUGCCCAGAGUCUGUUGCUUUUGCCCAGUGAUGGUUCCGAGCAGUGAUGGAGGUUUAAAUGUCCCACCCCAACACACACAC